AUGUGCGAGGCCGUCAAACCGAAGGAUCUUGUCUCCACGGAGGCAGUGAGGGUCGUGGCGGAGGAUCUCGGGCUGAACAGGUCUAAGGAUCCUGCUUUGGGAUUCCAGCCGCCCAGGAUGUCCAUCGUAUGCGAUGGACGCGUUCGAGAAGCUAGAGAAGGUCCGGGAAGGAACGUACGGCAAGGUUUACAAGGCGCGGGAGAAGGCCACCGGCAAGAUCGUCGCUCUCAAGAAGACCCGCCUCCUCGAGGAUGACGAGGGCGUUCCUCCCACCACGCUCCGCGAGGUCUCCCUCCUCCACAUGCUUUCCAUCGAUCCCCAUGUCGUCAGGCUUUUGGAUCUGAAGCAAGACCAGAACAAGGAGGGGAAAACCAUUCUCUACCUAGUCUUUGAGUACAUGGACACGGAUCUGAAAAAGUACAUCAGAAGUUUCCGCCAGAGCCAUGAAAUGAUGCCACCAAUGACUGUUAAGGUUCUUUAA